GUCAGAGUGUGUGAGAGAUCGGACUCAUGUGUGUGGAACGGGCUCAUCUGCUGCUGCUGCUGCUCGCCUCAGGCUGGCGGUGUGUGUCCGGGAUCCGUGUGUUCACGGCGGGGGAUGUGAAGGCCGUUAACGGGACAGAUGUGCGUCUCAAAUGCACCUUCCAGAGUUCAGCUGCGAUCCGAGCGUCGAGCGUCACAGUGUCCUGGAGCUUCAGACCGCUCGGCCCAGGACACGAGGAGACGGUGUUUUAUUAUCACGAGAGGCCGUUUGCUCCUCUGGAGGGCCGCUUUAGGAAGAAGGUGGACUGGGCUGGAGACAUCAGCGGCCGUGAUGCGUCUGUGGUUCUGCGCAGAGUGCCGUUCUCGUUUAACGGGACGUUCAGCUGUCAGGUGAAGAACCCGCCGGAUGUUCACGGGAACGUGGGUGUGGUGCGUCUGCAGGUCGUCAGCACAGCCUCGCUCUCUGAGAUCCUGAUUCUCUGUGUGGCCAUCGGAGGCGUCAUUCUGCUGAUUCUGCUGCUGGUGAUGAUCGCGGCAUCGUUGCGCCGCUGUCACAGACGGAGGAACCCAGAGCCAAACCACACCGUCUUCCGACACGAGCACAACCUGAUCAGCUGCUGAGAACCUGAUCAACACACACACACACAAACACACACACUUACAAUCUCUCUCACACACACACACACACACACAC